AAUUCCCAAAACUAACACAAAUGGAAGCUACCACUUUAUUCACAUUGUCCUUCCUUUUCCUUUCCUUCACAGCAAAUCGAGUUGACGCCAGUCAUCAUGGUAUCUCCAUUGUUGAUGAUCAUCAGCCUCUUGAAGUUCUUGACUCAUCCGGAAACAAACUCCAAAAGGGUGAAUAUUAUUACAUACAGCCUUUGCUAGCGUUGCCUUUCUUAUAUAGCGCCGCCAUUGUCCCAGUUAUUUAUCGUCCUGGAACUACCUGGCUUCAACUAGAAAUUGAAAAGUUUUUCUUUGAGAUAACAGGUCUUCCAGUGGCAUUUACACCGGUCGCUAGUGACAGCGAAGACGAUUCGAUUCGCGUGUCUACUGAUCUCCACAUCCAGUUCUCUGAGGAUGAAAUGUCAUCAUCAGUAUUUGGAGAGACACCGGUGUGGAAGGUGGACGGGAUUGAACCGUUUGUGACUCUUGGCGGAGCGUAUGAAGAUAAAAGCAGUUGGUUCAAAAUUGAAAACGCUUCGGAAGUAGAUGACCGUACCUACAAGCUUGUUUCAAGCUUAGGUCGAAAUGUUGGAAUCACAAACAGAGCCUUUGGGACAAAGCGUCUAGCUUUGGUCCAUAAACCAUUACUGUUUGUCUUCUUUCACGUAAAGGAAGCGCCAGCACCCACUGCUUCAAUAGGAAACUUUUAAAAUAAAUGCAACUUCUUCCGAGCAGUAAUGCAUCAAUAUCAAUAGAUUUAGAUGUUGAUCUGCAUACCUAUAUAUAUAUACAUAUAUAUAUAAUAUAUACUGCAAUUAAUAAGGAAGAAGAAGAUCUUUUGUGUCUUGUAUAGUGGUUAUGAAUCGUUAUAAGAAAUGGUAUCUGCUCUUGAUCAUA